AAUGCAGAAUACCUUUUCAAGGAUAUGCAAUGCAAUCACAGUAAGCUCCGGAUCAUUCUCCACGUCGUUUUCAAAUCGAUCCAUUAGCUUUUCCGGACGCCAUUUUGGAAGACACGUUAGACACCAUUGACGAGGUCGAGAGACCUCGUUCGCAUGCGCAGUACAAACCUAGAGCACGCAAAAGCAAUCAUGCAAGUACAACGAUAACUGGCUCGGAAUUCCCAAAUACAUCUCGAGGGUAAUAUCGGAAGCCAAAAGUCUCGGUCCCUCUGGGAAGAAAGUCCUUCUUUACUUCUCCUCUUUAUAUCCGUGCUCUGCUUUUCCUCUGUCUUCUGCUCUGUUUUUUUUCUCUGCUCUUUUCGGUCGGCACCCACCAAUGGCGCCUAGUCUGAAAGACCUACAGCUCACCAAGGUUGCCGGCGCCGGAGGCCGGAUCUUCGACAGCCAUGAUUCCGGUGACCUUGAGGACGUACGGCUCCUAGAUUCCUACGAUGAUGGCGAUAGUUUUAAUAAAAUCGAAGCAGGAAUAAGGAGGGUCCAGGUCAGCGUCUCCGGUAUGACCUGCGCUGCUUGUUCUAAUUCGGUUGAGGGGGCUCUAAACAGCGUCAACGGGGUUUUGAGGGCCUCUGUUGCCUUGCUUCAGAACAAGGCUGACGUGGUUUUUGAUCCUAUGUUGGUGAAGGAUGAAGACAUUAAGAAUGCAAUUGAGGAUGCGGGCUUUGAGGCUGAGAUUCUACCUGAACCCAGUACUUUUGGGACAAAUCCACAUGUAACCCUGUUAGGGCAGUUCUCAAUUGGAGGUAUGACGUGUGCAGCCUGUGUAAAUUCUGUUGAAGGUAUUUUAAGAAAUCUGCCUGGUGUCAAAAAGGCAGUAGUUGCCUUGGCCACUUCCUUAGGGGAAGUUGAGUAUGACCCCCUUGUGAUUAGUAAGGAUGAAAUUGUCAAUGCAAUCGAAGAUGCUGGUUUUGAAGCUUCACUUGUACAGAGCAGUGAGCAGGACAAAAUCGUAUUAGGGGUUGCUGGCAUAUACAAUGAGAUGGACGGACAGCUUUUAGAAGGCAUACUAAGCCACUUUAAAGGCGUUAGACAAUUUCGUUUUGACAAAACAUCGAGAGAAGUGGAAGUUCUCUUUGAUCCUGAAAUUGUCAGCUCCAGAUCAUUAGUUGAUGGGAUUGAGGGACAAUCCAAUGGGAAGUUUAAAUUACACGUAACAAGCCCUUAUGCAAGAAUGACUUCCAAAGAUGUUGAAGAAGCUUCAAAUAUGUUUUGGCUUUUUGCCUCUAGCUUGUUUCUCAGUAUUCCUGUCUUUCUCAUAAGGGUAGUUUGUCCUCACAUACCACCGGUGUAUUCCUUUUUGCUUUGGAGAUGUGGGCCCUUCCAAAUGGAGGAUUGGUUGAAGUGGGCAUUGGUGAGUCUUGUCCAAUUUGUUGUUGGAAAGCGCUUCUACAUUGCAGCUGCCAGAGCUCUUCGGAAUGGUUCAACUAACAUGGAUGUUUUGGUUGCAUUGGGAACUUCAGCCUCUUACCUCUACUCUAUAUGUGCUCUUCUAUAUGGUGCAGUGACUGGAUUUUGGUCCCCAACAUACUUUGAAACAAGUGCAAUGCUGAUAACAUUUGUAUUGUUUGGGAAGUAUCUGGAGUGUCUUGCCAAAGGAAAAACCUCAGAUGCCAUCAAGAAGUUAGUGGAACUUGCACCAGCAACAGCAGUGUUACUUGUCAAAGACAAAGUUGGAAGGUGUGUUGGAGAACGGGAAAUAGAUGCUUUGCUAAUUCAGCCUGGCGACACUUUAAAAGUUCUUCCUGGUGCAAAGGUUCCGGCCGAUGGUGUAGUUGUAUGGGGUUCAAGUUAUGUUAACGAGGGGAUGGUAACUGGUGAAUCUGUACCUGUUUCAAAGGAAGUCAAUUCAUCAGUUAUUGGAGGUACUAUAAAUUUACAUGGUGCCCUUCACAUACAAGCUACUAAAGUAGGAGGUGAUGCAGUUUUAAGCCAGAUAAUUAGCUUGGUUGAGACAGCCCAGAUGUCAAAAGCUCCUAUUCAGAAGUUUGCUGACUUUGUAGCGAGCAUAUUUGUUCCUACGGUUGUUGCCAUGUCAUUGUUAACAUUAUUGGUUUGGUAUAUUAGUGGAGCUCUUGGAGCUUACCCAGAACAAUGGCUACCGGAAAAUGGAAACCACUUCGUAUUUGCCCUCAUGUUUUCAAUAUCGGUUGUGGUUAUUGCAUGUCCAUGUGCUCUUGGCUUGGCAACGCCAACUGCUGUCAUGGUUGCAACAGGGGUUGGGGCAAAUAAUGGUGUGCUGAUAAAAGGAGGAGAUGCUUUGGAAAGGGCUCAAAAGAUUAAGUAUGUGAUAUUUGAUAAAACAGGUACCCUAACCCAGGGAAAAGCCACAGUUACGACAGCAAAAGUUUUUGCAGGAAUGGAUCGUGGAGAAUUCCUUAGAUUGGUGGCUUCUGCAGAGGCUAGCAGUGAGCACCCAUUGGCUAAAGCAAUAGUGGAAUAUGCACGCCAUUUCCAUUUCUUUGAUGAGUCUUCUGAAACCAAGGAUGCUGAAUAUAAUAUCAAAGAGUCAACUUCUGGAUGGCUUUUUGAUGUGUCAGAAUUCUAUGCUCUGCCAGGAAGAGGUGUCAAUUGCUUUAUAAAUGGGAAAAGGGUCCUGGUUGGAAACCGGAAGCUAAUAACUGAAAAUGGAAUGGCUAUCCCAAUCGAUGUUGAAAGUUUCAUAGUAGAUCUGGAAGAAAGUGCCAAUACCGGAAUACUCGUUGCAUAUGACAAUACAUUAAUUGGAGUUUUGGGAGUUGCUGACCCACUAAAGAGAGAAGCUGCUGUGGUAGUGGAGGGCCUUGGGAAAAUGGGUGUUGGGACAGCCAUGGUCACUGGGGAUAACUGGAGAACAGCUAGGGCAGUUGCUAAGGAGGUUGGCAUUCGAGAUGUAAGGGCAGAGGUAAUGCCAGCAGGAAAAGCCGAUGUUGUACAAUCAUUCCAAAAAAAUGGGAGCAUAGUUGCAAUGGUGGGUGAUGGUAUCAACGACUCCCCUGCUCUAGCUGCAGCUGAUGUUGGUAUGGCAAUUGGGGCCGGGACAGAUAUUGCCAUAGAAGCAGCGGAUUAUGUAUUGAUGAGAAAUGACUUGGAAGAUGUAAUCACAGCCAUUGAUAUCUCGCGGAAGACCUUUUCACGUAUCAGAUUGAAUUAUGUGUUUGCCAUGGGUUACAAUGUGGUUGCGAUCCCUAUUGCUGCUGGGGUUUUCUAUCCUUCUCUGGGGAUUAAGUUACCACCAUGGGCGGCUGGUGCAUGCAUGGCUCUUUCAUCUGUAAGUGUAGUAUGCUCUUCUUUGCUUCUUAGGAGAUACAAAAAACCCAGACUUACAACCGUACUAGAAAUAACUGUAGAGUAGAAAGAGAGAAAUUGAGAAACUUCGGCUUCAUAUGAAGAUUAUUAGAUGGGUUUGGAUCCAGUUUGUUGUCCCAAUUUUGUACAUGAUUUCUGUUUCAUUUGCAGUGGUGGUGGUGUAAAUUUUGUACCCUGUUCAUUGUAAUUGCAACUUGUAUAAUAAUUUUCUUUUAAGCUUU